GUCGCCGUUUUGUGUUGUUGCGGGAGUCGAUUAACUUUUACUGUUUGUGAUGAGUGUUUGUUUCUCCACUCUGCUCUGACUCGGAGGCCACCGCUCAGCAACCGCCGUCACCGCCGCCGGGAGUAGAGCGAAAAUCAGAGACAAAUGGUUUCAGUUGUAAAUUGACAUCACUCCGAGCAGCAAAGGCCAAGAACGACUCUUCCUUCGGUUCGUUUUUCGUUCGUGAUUUCGAGGUUUGAAACCUGGCAGUGAGGGAAGAAGCGAGCGAGUUUCAGUUGCUCCUCAACAACGUUAAUAGCCGAUAAAUUGACAUUGAGUGCUUUCUGGGGUUGUUAGAAAUUGCUACUGCUGCUGCACUGCACUGGAACAAGGCCUCCUUGUUGUCUCCCGCUAAGAGAAUAUAGUUAGUACUUAGCACUGAACAUAACAAGAAGGUGUGUGCCACACAGUUCGUCGUCGGAAUCGCCGGACUAAAGUGAGUGUACCCGACGAGAGAUUCUGUACUUUCUCUCCCACCGGCUAGCCUGCUUGCCUUCGUGACCUAACCGCUCGGUGUACGGCAUUUUACGACCCCAAUCGUGUGUGGUAAUUGUGUGCGAACGGAUAGUGCUAUAUGAAUAAUUAUUAAUAACUGUUACGAGUGAAAUCACGUGUGAACCCCACAGGACGAUGAUGAUUCCCCAAUUCGUCGGAUACCCCGCCGGAAUCGCUGCGUUGCACUGAGGAAACGAGCGAAAGGAAGCACAUGAAGGACAAACACCUCCAUAGAAUGUAAGGAGACCAUUCACCGGACGGCGUUCAACUGUAGAAAACAAUAGGUGACCAAAGACUUCUCUCCGAGCGACAGCCGUGGCAUCCGUUGACCGAAAUGACACAGGCUGAGGAGUUACGCGAAGUGAACCAGGUAUGCAUUACCAACACUCCAGAUCUCCACACCCAGGCUGCACAAGUUGCCGAUCGCAAGUCACCCCCGCAGCCACCAGCUGCCAACACCACAGCCACUUCCCCCGCGGCAUCCGUUGGUCAAAAUGGCGGCGAGGAUUCACCGUGGCACAGUACAAACCUUGGCAUCUUCACCUCCAACUGCUCCGCCAACAAGUGGCAUGCUCAUGUGUAUGGCAACCCACCGAAGCAUCCCACACCACACUCCAUCAUGGAUAUCCUCGGGUGGAAAGGACCCAUCAGGAAGGUCACUCCCUCCCCACCGGUUUCCGAAUCGAAUAACCACCACACGGUGCCAUACUUGUUGCAAAGCCUCAACGCGACAAAAGAAGACAACGACGACCAACCGUUGGAUUUAUGCAUUUCCAAACCAACGCCACAUCAACAGUCAACGGCUGUGGAAAGGGUAUACGAGAAGCACUUGGAAGAAGAAACCACCCAGGAAUCAGUUCGCUCCAUCAGUCGAGAACGAGCUCAUUCAACGGACGUCGAAUCGGAAAUUUACGGGUCAAAUGAGUCGCAGCAUUCGUUGAAGGAUUCCUCCUCCACGAGUGGACAUAAGAUGCCAUCGCUGCCGUCGUUAGGGGGCGCAAAGAAGAACAGCCGGACUGAAGUGCUAGAUCUCGACGACGGCGAUGAUAGUCAACUGGACGGAGGCAGCCGGAGGAAAAAGAAAGCCCGAACGACAUUUACCGGAAGGCAAAUCUUCGAGUUGGAAAAGCAAUUCGAAGUGAAGAAAUAUCUCUCAUCCAGUGAACGAACUGAAAUGGCUAAGCUGUUGAAUGUGACAGAGACGCAAGUAAAAAUCUGGUUCCAAAAUCGUCGCACCAAAUGGAAGAAACAGGACGGAGAUUCAUCGGUGACGGCGCCGGCGGCGGCGGCUGGUUCCGCCACUCAAAACAAGGAACCCAAAACGUCUAAAACUCCUUCCUCCUCACCGUUAACUCUGUCCUCUCCAACUCCAUCGUUUCCGUCAUCUUCCUACUCUCCGCGUCCUUCCACUUCGACUCCAGAAGACCGAAGCUUCCAACCCGCCAAAGUAGCCCCUAAGCAUUACACCAAGCACAGUGCCAAAGUGCGCAGGUCAAAAUCCGGCGAUCACAUCACCGAUCUCCCCCAAGAACCUCACAAGCUCGCAAAGGAUCCGAAGAAAUUCCAAAGCCCAUUGGAACCAUUCAUACUCGAUCGGACGGCGAGCCCCUCCAACGAUGUUGAGGCACGCAUUUCGGCGUCGAAAAUUUCUCUCGAUGCGAUUUGCAAUGCCACCAACUUUCUUUUGAAGCCAUCACCGCCACCUAGCAGCAGUUCCUCUCCGCAAUCCCUUCCCCUGCCGCCCCCGUUGCCGAGUGAUCGACCUUUUCCGUUAGGGGUCCAGGACAUGACCGACAUGGAAUAGUAGCUAACCACUAGGAGACAUAUCUAUGCAAUACUCAUCGUCAACCUUAUCUUCUGCAGUGUUUGUGUGCUUCACCCACCUCCUGAAUGGAAGAAAUCUAGUUACGAAUAUCCAGAAAGUCAUUUGAAAUACAAACAAAACCGCUAGUCUUAAGUCGUUUCGGAUAGUUGCAAAUCAUCAAAAACCAUUAAAGUGAGAGAUUGAUACAAUAAAUGAAAACAAUUAAAAAUAUUUGGAAAUCUUA